UUAGCGAGAAAUUGAAGAAACAGUUCCUAACCUUUGAGGAGGGGAAAGACCUCGUCACGAGCACCCUCAAAACAGGGAGGGGACUUGAAAUUUUGAACAAGGCGAUCAGCGAAAAAAAUUUGCUACGAAAUGCUUUUCGAAAAAUAAAAAUUAUUAACAAAAAAGAAGAUGAAGAAAAACGAAGCGUCUGCAACGGGAUAUGCAUCGUACAAAGGGAAAUUAAAUCCCCAAUUGCAAAAGCGCUUAACGAAUUUUAUCGCGAGGUUAAAACGAAUGCACAUUUCAAGCGUAACAAAGUGCGAGUUAAAUUUUUUACAGCCUUUAAAAAGAUAUAUGGGCUAUUCAAAAUUGAGACAGCGUGCAAAUUGUACGUUCGGAAGUUAUUAAAGCGAUUUUUGGUCAAACGAUGUGUUGAUUGUCCUGGUAGGAACGGUAGGAACACAAAGGGAGGAAACAAAUUUUUGACAUGCGAAGGGGGAGACCACUGCCUGCAGUAUAUUACCAGUUGUGACACCUCCAAAGCGUACACAUACUUUAAACAUACGCGUGGCAUUUUUAAAAAAAAAAUUCCCCCCAAAUGCACACAUG